AUGCCAUCAGGACGCAAGAAGCCGGCUCCUCAGCCGUUGUCGCUAUACGAUCCCAGCAAAGCCACCGCCCAAAACCACUCUCGGGACUACUACAACGUGUCGACUGAUCCCGACGCUACCUCCUCCACCGCAUCAGGCCUCUCCCCCAUUGAUUCAAGGUCGCCCAACUCGGGAGGAACCUCGCCAUCCUUUCGAUCUAAAUUCGCAACAAAGAAAAGACCGCAAACCGCAAAAUCCGGCUCCAACAACCCCGAGUUCGACCCCCACAACGACUACCACCGACCUUCGCAUCCAUCGCUUGACCCUCUCAACCAACCGGAGGCGCCUCCUUUUUCGCCUAUAAACUCAGUCCUCGACCAGCCCAAAGGUCCCCCCUUACGCCAACCGACCCACGAGAGCAAGAAGUCCAAGAGCGGUGGUCUCUUCCACUUUUCGAAAUCCUCGAGGACUCACAACCAGCUUCCCACUCAUCCUCCGCCUCCCCAACAACAACCGAAUCCGCGAUACCAGGCGAACCAAAUAGCACCGAGCGAACCCAAUUUUGCCUCGGGGUCUGGAGGCUUCCCACCGGAGCAUUCCGAUAAUCAGGCGCUGCGAGAAUCGCCGUCCAAUUUUUCGCUUUCAUCUGCUGGCGACCGCGAGGCCAACCCCGCUGCCUUUGCCUCUGCCAGUAGUACUGGCAGGAAAAGCAACAAACAAAAGCCAUUUGGUAUCCUGAGCCGAACGAAAUCACUCCGUGAUAAAGACGCCAACGGCGCCAGAUCCAUACCGGACCAAAUGCCUUCGGGCGCAAGAGAUUACAGCCCUCGGGGCGAUUCCCCCCCUCUCCCAACCUCACCUGAGCAGAGCGAGCGAGCGUUUCGAGAUGAGACGGAUGCUUCACUCCGUGCCCGGUCUGAGGAUCGUUCAUUCGUUGGCCGGGAUGAUUCCAGAAGCAGAGAGCGCCCUCGUGAGGAAAGAGGACGAGGAACCCCACCACCAAACCGAGACCACGGGUCGACUUUCUUGAGCGGUCUAAGAAGCUCUUCCACCCGCGCCGCUAUGUUCAGCAAAGGGUUCUUUGGGAAGGGAGGUCGUUCUGGCGGCAACGACAAGGGCUAUGGGGGUGUGGAUGAUGAGCACUACGAGUUGAAGGUUAUUAAUCUACCACUCGUCGAGCAGACGCGCCGGACACGCAUUUCAAAACGUCUUGAAGAUUCCAGGGAUAAGACCGAAUUCUGGAUGCCAGCUUUCCCAUGGAGAGCUAUUGAUUAUUUGAAUUACAAGGGCUGCGAAGUGGAGGGCCUUUAUCGUGUUCCUGGCAGUGGGCCACAGAUCAAGAGGUGGCAGAGACGGUUUGAUGAGAAUUAUGAUGUCAAUCUUUUUGAAGCCAAGGAUCUCUAUGAUAUUAAUAUCAUUGGCUCAAUGCUCAAGGCGUGGUUGCGUGAGCUACCAGACGAGCUGUUCCCCAAGGCUGCCCAGGAACGGAUUGCACGAGAGUGUGCAGGAGCCGAGACGGUACCGCAACUUCUAAUCGAUGAACUGUCAAACCUCUCGCCAUUCCAGUAUUAUCUACUUUUCGCCAUCACCUGUCAUCUCAGUCUCCUCCUGGCCCAUUCCGAUAAAAACAAGAUGGACUUCCGCAACCUUUGCAUCUGCUUUCAGCCAUGCAUGAAGAUUGACGCAUUUUGUUUCAAGUUCCUGGUCUGUGAUUGGAGAGAAUGCUGGAAAGGCUGCAAAAACGAGGCAGCUUAUAUCGAACAAGAGUACAUUCUUCUCGAUCAGCCGCCUCCCAUAACCGUUACUGAACAUGGCCAAUCCCCCAAUCUCGAAAACGUCCAAGAUGAGCCCAGGCCACGGGAAGAGCAGCAGUCGCAUGUUUCAAGUAGGUCGAACAGCACGGCACCCUCCUAUCAUAAUCUAGAUGAUCAUCAGGCAUUUGAGCCCACUCGUCAACCGACACUAAGAGAGACGCAUCUAAGGGGAAACUCCGAGCGCGGGGACAAAAUAACGAGCACGUCUCUGGCGCUUCCGAGCAGGGGUGACCAAGUUCAGCUGUCUCCAAUCGCACCGCUGUCACCACUUGGUUUUAAAUAA